GAAAAAUUAAUGGCUUCAUGGUGUAAAAAGUAUGUGAAGGGUGAUGUAGUCCUGGCAGCCAAAGUGAAGUUACAAAGUUCAGUCUGCAUGGCAAAAAGAAGUGCGAUAGACUGUGGUGUUUGAUCGACAGGCUCCAUGGCUCAGUAUUCUCGUGUUUCGGGAUCUGUUUGCUUGAUUACUCUCCAGAAUCCGCCUGUCAACGCUCUUAGUGCAGCGGUGAGGCAGGGCAUCGUUGACACGGUUAAGAGAGCCCUCAAUGACUCAAAGGUGAAGUCUGUUGUCAUCUGUGGCCAGAAUGGAGUAUUUUGUGGAGGGGCGGACAUCAAGGAGUUUGGGACAAACAUGUCCGGGCCUCCGCUGAUACCGAUGAUCCACGCCAUCGAGGCUGCAAAUAAGCCUGUGGUGGCAGCCAUAGAGGGUAGCGCUUUAGGCGGAGGCCUUGAGUUGGCGCUUGGCUGUCAUUAUCGAGUGGCUCACUCUAAGGCCAUACUAGGGCUUCCAGAGGUGACUCUGGGUCUGCUGCCAGCUGCAGGGGGAUCCCAACGUCUGCCAAGGCUCAUCGGGGUCCCAGCUGCCUUAAACCUCAUCACCACAGGCCGCCAUGUGACUGCUGCUGAGGCACUGCAACUUGGAAUAGUGGAUCAGGUGACUGAUCACAGCAGUGUGGACACAGCUGUGAAGUUUGCUCUGAGUGUUGCAGGUCAGUCGCUGGAUUCUCGUCGUAUAAGCACUUAUCCGUGUCCACGCCCAUCCGAUUUAGAUGCUCUGUUUGAGGAGGCGAUGCAGAAGGUGCGUCAGAGCGCCCGCGGAGCUAUUGCACCAGUUGCAUGUGUCCAGGCGGUGCGGGCAGCUGCCACCCUGCCUUACACUCAGGGCAUGGAGCAGGAGAAAGAGCUGAUGGCCACUCUGUUCACCUCAGGCCAGGCCCGCGCCAUGCAGUACUGCUUCUUCGCUCAGAGAGCCGUUGGCAGGUGGAGCAUGCCCAGUGGAGCCCGCUGGGACACAAGCAAGCCCAGGCCUGUACUUAAAGCAGCUGUCAUUGGUCUCGGCACCAUGGGGAGAGGCAUAGCAGUGUCUCUGGCUCAGACAGGGUUGUCUGUGGUUGCCGUGGAGACCCAGGAGAGGCAGUUGAUGGAGGCAAAGCAGGCGGUAUCCGGCAUGUUGCAGCGAGGGGCUAAGAGACGCGGGGUUGCUCCUGCGCUCAAUAGGAUCAGUUACAUUUCGAACAUCCAGGCUGUAGCUGACGUAGACCUGGUCAUCGAGGCUGUGUUUGAGGACAUGGCCCUGAAGGAGAAAGUCUUCCAGCAGCUGUCUGCCAUUUGUAAACCAGGCACUCUCCUGUGCACCAACACAUCUGCACUAGACGUGGACCACCUGGCCUCUCAAACCCGCAGCCCGGAGCUGGUGGUUGGGAUGCACUUCUUUGCCCCAGCCCAUGUCAUGAAGCUGCUGGAGGUGGUGUACGGGUCGCGGUCCUCUCCUCAAGCUGUGGCCACUGCCAUGCAACUGGGGAAGAAAAUGGGCAAAGUUAGCGUGGCUGUUGGCAACUGCCGGGGCUUUGUGGGGAAUCGCAUGCUAAAGCCGUACCUCGAACAAGCUUUCUUCCUGUUGGAGGAGGGAGCCACACCUGAGUUGGUAGAUGGAGCGCUGGAGGAGUUUGGUUUCGCCAUGGGUGUGUUCAGAAUGUCCGACCUCUCUGGGCUCGACGUGGGCUGGAGAGUCAGAAAGGGAGACGGGCUGGUGGAGCCCGGCUUGGAAUCAGGCCAAUCAGCUAGAAUCCGACAAGGCCGCAGGUACAGCCCUCUGGGAGAUCUGCUCUGUGAGCAGGGACGCUUUGGCCAAAAAACAGGCCGGGGAUGGUACCAGUAUGACACACCCGGCGGUCGGGUUGCCAAGUCUGACCUUUGGCUGCACAGCUUUCUGGAGGGAUACAGAGCCCGGCACGACCUGGUGGCACGACGCAUAGACCACCAGGAGGUGCUGGAGCGUUGUCUCUAUGUCCUGAUCAACGAGGGCUUCCACAUCCUGGAGGACGGAAUAGCUGCGGGACCCGAAGACAUCGAUGUCAUCUAUGUGUUUGGCUACGGCUGGCCCAGGCACCGCGGGGGUCCCAUGUUCUACGCCAGCAUGGUGGGGCUUGCGAAGGUCCUGGAGAGGCUGGAGCACUACCACCAAGCUCACCCUGACGUGCCCUACCUGAAACCCUGCAACCUCCUCAGGAGGCUGGUGGCCAGUGGCAGCCCACCUAUCCACAGGUGGAGAGAAGUCAUCAAGAAACACCACAGCCAGCUUUAAAUCUGAAACAUUUCAGCUUUGAUCUCUUUAUUCACUUAAAUAAUGAUAAUUUUAUCUUACUUUAUAUUGUGCUUUAUAAUAAUACUGAUUUGUUUCUUAUCUAAAUUGUGAUUAUUGGCGAUAUUGCAGGAGCCUGCUCCACUUUAUGUGAUUAUGUGAUAUUAUAAUAUCUUGGACUGUGAGCCUACACUGAGUUGCCAGUUUAUUAGGUACACCUACAGUAUCAAGGCAACCUCCAGGGCUGAAAAAUGAAGCUAGUGCAAAGUGCCAAAAACUGCAGUUCAUUGAAUGGUGACUUGAGGCUGGCAAGUCAAUCACCAUAGACUCUCAUACUCAAAUGAAAGCUAGCUGCUAGGUUUCAGCAACCAGGCUUUAGUCUGCCCACCCUUGGAUCAGCCCGGGAGUUGGCAGGUACUGCCAAGAUGGCAAUGGCCAGAGCCACCAUCACUGAGCUUCACCACGGCUCCUCAGAAACCUAUGGGUGACGUCACGGAGGCCACGCCCAUGUCUUAUACAGUCUUUGUACAGUAUACAUUAUAAUGCCAUUCAACACAACAGCCCUGCAAGAAAUACUGUAUGAGAGCUAAUGAUUGAACCUGAAAUAUAUUGAUUUCAUUAUUGUUUCUAAUAUUUUGUCUCCCUCAUGUGUGUAAAUGGUGGUGGUCAAAAUACUGGGUUACCUUUUGAUAUACUGCAACUAGUAUAACUACUAUCACAGAGCCUGUAUUGUAAAUCAUUCAUUUGCACAGACAUAUCUAAUAAACUGGUGAUUUGAAUAUAUGGUCUCACUCUGUUAUAACAGAUUUCUAUAAAGACAACCAGAACACAAUCUGCUGUUAAAUCUGGGUGUUUUUGUUAUCCUCAGAAUGGCAACAGAGAUGAUUACUGAUUUUCCUAUAUUAGGUUUGUUUGUUAUUAAUUAUGUAUAAUACAUAUUUUGGUACUUUUUACUGUAUGUACAAUAUGUAACAAUACCAAAUUAAUCUACAUCUAUCUGAUGAUGCAUCAAUAAAGACC